AUGAGAAAUAAAUUAGAAAUAUUUCCAAAUGAAUUAUUUUUAAAUAUAUUUUUAUAUUUUUCAUGGGAUGAAGUCUUAAUAUCAUUCUGGUCAUUAAAUAAACGUAUUGAUAAUCUUAUUUGUUCAAUAUUUGAAAUAAAUAAAACUGGGAUUAUUUUCAAUAAACCAGGUUUAUCUUAUAAAAAAUUUUCUAAAAUAUUAUUACCAUUAAUAUUUAAUUCAUUAUCUCUUCGUUCUUCUAUUAAAUAUAUUCAUUUUGAUGGAACAAAUUCAAUUUGUUUUAAUUUAAUUUAUCAAGAUAUUUUUUCUUAUAAUGAUAAAUCAAUUCUUUGUUUUCCAAAUCUUAAAUCACUUUAUAUAAGUCGAUGUUUAUUAUCUCAAUCAUUAAUUCAAACAUUAUCUUUUCUUAUUCAAUAUCAAUUAAAUCAACUUACAUUAACAUUUGAUGAAGAUAUAUAUGAAACUUUUGGUUAUGGACGCGAACUUUCAUCAAUCCUUUCUGAUCGAGAAAAGAUAAAAAGUAUAUUUAAACAAAUUUUAUGUCAAAUAUUUUCUAAUCAAUGUCAAUUAACUUCUCUUCAACUCGAUAUAGCCAAUUUGUCUUAUGAAAUUCAUCAAAGUUUAAAUUCACCUGAUUAUCUUUCAUCAAACAAAAUUUCUAAUGAAUCUCAAUCUUAUUGUAUUACUUUACGCCGUUUGUUUAUUCAUCUCGAGUACGCCUGUUUUCUUGAACAUCUCAUUGAAUAUGUGCCCAAUCUCGAACAACUAUCGAUUCAUUUUCGCAAUUCAUUAAUCGAUAAGUAUCGUCUUGAUUCAAAUAUUCAAAUACCGAAACUAUCAAAUGGAAAUUGGUUUAAUAAAGUACCACGAUUGAAAAGUUUUACAUUGAAAAGUUUUGUUCAUACUGAUUUUGAAUUUACUUAUUUAAAAUGGCUUCUUAAUAAUUUAAAUCAUAUUACAAAACUGCAAAUUCAUUUAUAUAGUAAUUAUACAUGGAAGGCAGAUCAAUUAAUAUGGAAAUCUAUAAUUGAUGCAAAUUUUAUUCGUCAAUAUUGUUUACCUGAUCAAAUAAUUAAUUUAAAAUAUUUUUAUUUUUAUAUUUGUGCAAAAUGUCAUUCAUCAUUAAAUAAUAUUUCGAAAAUAAUUAAUUCUUUUAAAAUAAAUUCUUUUUUUAUUGAUCAUCAAUGGACAAAUGUUCAAUGUUUUUAUGAUAAAAAUACCUCAUAUCAACAUAUAUUCUCUUCUAAUCUUAAGAAAUUUCAACGUUCUAUCCUUUUAUUUAAGCAUCCAUAUAUAUAUGAAUGGUCUGAUAUUGAACAUAUUCAAAAUAGUCUUCAUCCAUCAUUUUAUUUAUUUCUCAAACACUUCGAUGAAUUAUGUCCUAAUAUUUCUUCUAUGACAAUUGAUAUAGGAAAUUAUGACGUUGAACCAAAUAUUGUGCGAUCAUUGACAACACCAUUCAAAAUGGGACAACAAAAUCUAAAUGAUAGUCAACUUCGAAAUGUUACAAAACUUAGAUUUGGAUAUUGUUCUCGUCGUCGUAUUGGUCCUUCUAGAGAAUUGACAUAUCAAGAUAGAGAACGUGCCAGACUACUUACUAUUCUUAUUUCAAUGCCUAUACAACUUAAAUAUCUUUUUGUUCAAAAAUUUGAAUGGCUUUUAUAUAUUGUUCAAUAUCCUUUUCAUUACUUGCGAAAAAGUGCAUUAAAUACUGUUCGAUAUGCUGAAUUUGGUAUUUCGAGUUGUAAUGUUGGUGAAAAUGAUUCAAUUCAGAUUGGCAAAUAUCUUGUACCUUUUCUGAAUACUUAUAUGCCUUAUUUACAAACAUUACGUCUUUGGAGACCAGAUGAUUUUCCUUGGACAUCAAUUCGACCGAACUUUAGUUCUGGAAAUUUAUCUGGAAAUUUUAUGAGACAAUGGAGACAAACUCUACGUACACCUGAAUCUAUAAAUGAACAUGUUAUUGUGUUUGAACAAGAUCUUUGUCAAUUAGUCGAACAAUUAAAACAAUUUGUUUAUCUUGAUAUUUAUGGCAAAAUUGAUCCUGAAAAAGUCGAACCUUAUCAUUUAAUGGUUCAAACACGUUUUCCAAAUAGUCGAUAUGAUAUUCAAAUAUCAAGAUUUUCUCUUUGGAUUUAA